UGCGUCACAUCCAUGCGCGCCGGCCUACCUCCUCCCCAUUCCUCGUGGCAAUGGCGACCAUCGCUGGAGGCGCCUCGGCGAAGGUACUGCCACUGGCGUUGCUGCUGCUGGCGGCCGAGGCAGCAGCCGUGGUGGUGACCGCGGCCGCCGGCGGUGACGAGGCGGCGGCGGGCAUCAUCAUCAGGCCGCCCUGCUUCCACGCGUGCUUUGACCAGUGCGUGCCCCGCGAGGAGUACUGGUUCUGCCAGUUCUCGUGCUACCACAGCUGCUUCUCCGGCGCCGGCGCCGGCGCCGGCGCCGGCCGCUUUCCCGGUGACUGCGAGCACGCGUGCGCGCUGUCCAUGUGCAGCCAGAUCGACCCGGACAGCAAGGUGAUGGCGGUGUGCCUCAGCACGUGCGCCAGGAGCUACGCCGUGGCCGGGUGCCGCCGCCGGCCGACGGCCAGCAGCUUUACGGCCGCCUUGUGAUUGAUUAAUUCACCGUGUAAUAUAUAUGGCUUCUGCUGCUGCUGUAUAAUACUAGCAGAUGUCUAUAAGCUGAUACAAAGGAGGGAGUGAACAAAAAAAAAGAAAUGGGGUGAACUCUCUACAUCAAAUACAUAUAUGAAGAGAUAAAGAGAUAAACAUCAGAGUUAAUCUUUUUGUCAAUAUAUUAUAUCGGAUUUUCUAA